AUGCAAUCAUACAAGAAAAUUAUUACAGAACUCUAUGGAGAGUAUUUUCAUAAAUCAUUUAAACGACUUGACCGGCUUUCACAACAACGCUCAAGAUUAAUCAACAACUUAACCUUCCUGAAAAGGUGUCGAGACAACGAAGUUGUUCCGAAAGGUUUGCGUAUGUUUAAUUGUUUCCAUACUAAGCAUGCAGGCAAAAUCUUGAAGAAAGCCGAGUUGGCACUGUUACGAGAAAGAAUUGCUUGGACGCGUAAACAACUAAGCGGAGUGGAUGACAACAUCGCUACUCUUACAGAAGAACUUUGGUUAACUUUUGAAGAAGAACAUUUUGCUGUUGCAAAAAGAAUGAUAGAUGCUUCUUUUACGCGUACCUUUAAUAAAGCUCGCUCAACACAGAUCGCCAAAUACACAAGAUUGACGUCCGAAAGAUCAAAAGAUAAAAGAAGACAAGAAGAUUUGGCUGUUGACACUCUAAGACGCACUGUUGUUAACCAAAGUGCGCGAAAACUUAUGCCGGUUGAAGAAGAAGUCUUGGCAUUGGGUUUAAAUUUCGCUGUUGUACCACACAAGAUUCCUAAAGAAGAAAUCGUUCAACAUCUGGAACCAAAGUUGAAUCAUCUCAGAGAUGAUAUAGCAUCCAACAUUCGUGUUAAAGUAACUGAGGUCUUGCGACGUACAACUUUACCCAAGUCUAAUCUUUCCAAGGAGCAGAAGGAUGCAGUGAGGAACCUAAGGGCAGAUAAGUCUAUACAUAUUUUAAAGGCUGAUAAGGGUAAUGCUACGGUUUUAUUAAAUCGUGCAGAGUACGAAAGUAAAAUCCAUGCUCUUCUUGAAACUCCAACAUAUAAAGAGCUAAAACGUGAUCCUACAGCCAAUAUUGAACGUAAAGUAUGUUCUAAACUAUCUGAACUUAGGAAAUCAGGUAUUUUGUCUCAAAACCUUCAUGAUUAUUUGAGACCUUCAUGUAGUGUGUGCCCAAAAUUUUAUGGUUUACCCAAAAUACAUAAAUCAGGUGUACCUCUUAGGCCUAUAGUUGCAUCCCAAGGUUCACCGACUUAUAAUUUAGCUAAAUAUCUUGCUAGAAUUUUAAAACCAGUUGUUGGUCAAACUGAACAUCAUGUAGUUAAUUCUAAAGAAUUUGUUACGAAUAUGCAAGAUGUUAGAUUAGGUAAAAAUGAAAUUCUUGUCAGUUUCGACGUAGUUAGUUUAUUUACUAAUGUACCAGUAGAUGAGGCGUGUAACAUUGCGAAAGACAGGCUGCUUUCAGAUGAUACCCUCUCUAAAAGGACUAGCCUUUCUCCUGAGAGUAUAUAUGAACUACUGAAAUUGUGCCUGAAUACAACUAGUUUUCAGUGGCGGGAGAAAUACUACGAGCAAACUCAUGGUGCUCCUAUGGGUAGUCCCUUAUCACCAGUUAUGGCUAAUUUAUUCAUGGAAGAAUUUGAAAAGAAAGCUAUAGCUACAGCAUGUUUAAAACCUGGUUUCUGGUUUAGAUAUAUAUCUUAUUUGAUGUAA